AUGAAGGUAUAUCGCCGCGGUCGAGAUGAUGAGGGUCCAAGCAAGCCCUCGGGCAAUGAAAUUCCUCAUAUUCAGCUGGAAGUUUCCGAGGGUGCGAAUAGUCGACCUCACACAACUUCCAAAAAGAGAGCCGGGCAAUUUGACGAAAUCGCUGCGUCACCUACCGAACCUUUGACCCAACUCAAGGGUCGGAAGAAACCCCGCCAUGACUUUGAUUUGAAGCCCAGACACAAGACACGAGAGGAUCACUACGAGUACAAAGGCAAUACACCAGGAACGUCCCAGUCGCAUGCUCCGGUCAGAAAGGGCAAGAAACCCCGGGGGAGAAGGCGCACCAUGAACGAUGAUUUCCACGCCAUGAAUGUCACCGAGAAUAGAUUGACGUUGCGCAAAAUCGCUAGUCUGGGGAUUUUCAGCAAGGGAAAGACCUCAUCUCCUAAUGACCCUCCAAGCGUGCCAUCGGACUCUUGCCCCAAACCAAGUCCAAAAGAUGUCUUUCGAAAGCGCCAAACGUCGUCGGAUCUUGCCUUCUCGAAAUGGAUGUUUUUGUCGAACCCGUCGUCAGGAAAUAUCCCUGCCCCUAAUCCUGCUGCAACACAGCCGGGAGGACCGCUGUCCAAUUGCCACGCAAGUAACCAUACGAGGAGCACCCUAUCAGAGGUAGACAUGACCUCCAAUAAUCCAAAGUCCCUCAUGCUACAGGGAGAAGCUCCGCGCCCGCCAGCAACCCCAUCGCAAUGGUUCAAACAUCGUCCAAGUCUUUGUCCACCAGGUACCGACAUUUUCAAGUUUCUUGGUGCGAGAGACCCCCAUGAGCCUAUUCCAGCACAGGACUCAUCAGACGAUCUCGUCCAAAGGGACGUUGGCGAUUGCAAAAAUGAUUCAUUCAAGGUCGACGUUCUGGAGAACAUCGAACCACGAGACGAGACUUGCUCCCUGCGACCCCCGAAACGUCUUUUAUCCCCACUCGUUGAAUUUCCACAGAAGAGGGAAAGAUUAUCGACACAAUCAUCUUGCACUCCAUAUACCUGGAGCGAAAGUGAAGAUAACGCCAAACAAAAUGACCACGCUCUUGAGAAACAUCUGCUUGAUUUGUUGCAUGCCGGCCUUAACUCCCAAGGCACCUUCAGCGAAAUCCCAAGCAACCAAUUGGAAGAGAGAUACUGGGGACUUUCAGAGUUAUGGUUGUUGCUGGAAGAGAGGAAAGAGCUGUGGCCAGAUGAGGGCAAUAAAAAGCAUCAAGAACAGCAGCAGGUUCCAGGUCCGCCAAGUCAACGACCUAUACUGAAGCUUGCAGAGAAAAGCCGUUCUAGUCUUUUCAACAUGAGCAGCAUCCGCGAAAAGGUGUUCAGCAAACGCUUGAGUCCAAAGGCCGCGGCUCAGAUCGUUUCCAAUAACAGCAGCAGCCCACUCCAGCAGUAUCUUGAUCUGCGUUCAAGCCAGGGGCCCGAAUAUGUCGGCGGAGAUGUGGAGAAGAAUGCUCUCUUAGCACAGGUCUCACAGGUCUCACAAGCACAUAAAUCGAGAAGUGUGUCUCCCGACAAGUCAAAGGAUCAAUCUCUACCUCUUGACCAGGGCUUUGCAGAAGAACUGGACUAUGGUUCUUGUCCGAUCAAGGAUCCACCUACAUCAAUCUGUGACUUUGACUUGCAUGCACUGAGUCGAGUCGAAGACGAUGAUUUGUUUUAUCAAACCCUGGAAGCCGCUUUUGACACGAUCAUGGACCCCCGGCUUCCGGCCAUAGUUGCAUCACACCUGCAAGAGUUGCUGACGCCUGCAGGUCUCAGAAGGCCUUUGGACCAACCUCAAACUUCCAAAGCAAAUCCAACGCCGAGUCGCUACAGCGGCGCUGAAAAGAAAGGAGAACUUUGUGCGGCCACAUCAGUGCGCCCUGAGUGCAUCGACCUGGAAACAUCAGAUACGAUGGCUUUUGCGCCACCCAUUGGAUGUGAGACGUCGACAAGCAAUGACAAAGAACGCGAUGACCCAAGUGACGAGAUGUCCUGGUUGGUUGGCAGCCGGUCCCAGCUGGAUCCCUCGACAAGAGGCCAGACCGACCGUAGCCCGGCUGCUGCGCUAUCUGGAUUUUGGCGGAAAAACAAGCUCUACUAA